UUUUUGGAUAUUUGCCGUCUCUUUUUCUCUUUUACUUCCUCCCUUUUUUAUAUUUUUCGCUCUUCUUUUCAAACUCUCUCUCAUCGAUCCACUAAAAUACUGAUUCUCCACUCACAUUUUAUUUUCAUUUCUCUAUACUCAAAAAAACAAAAUCCCUAAUUUCUCUCCUUUUUUGAAAAAAUUAUUCUAAUAAUUUUAUUCUUAGUUGUAGAAGAAGUAGCCAGAGCUUUUCACCGUUGCUGUUCGAACAUUUUUGUGUUUUCUUCUCCGAUCGUCUGGUUUCUGUCGGACUCUACCGCACUUCCACAAAAAAAAUUGGCUGAUCGGUUUACGUUGCAAGCUUUGAUCCUUGAGCUUCAGUUCGGCUUUUAGUUGAAUUAUGUCUGCUGAUACCAUGAUGAAUGUUCCUAAUGGCAAUGGUAAUGGCAAUGCACAGCCUGAUCCGCAGCGAACGUAUCAAGUUGUUGUGGCUGCGACCAAAGAUAUGGGUAUCGGUAAGGAUGGGAAGUUACCUUGGAACUUGCCUUCUGAUCUCAAAUUCUUCAAAGAUAUCACUCUGACUACAUCAGAUUCUGGGAAAAAGAAUGCAGUCAUAAUGGGUAGGAAAACAUGGGAAAGUAUUCCCCUUAAGAAUCGACCUCUUCCGGGUCGUCUUAAUGUUGUUCUGACUCGGUCUGGAAGUUUCGAUAUUGCAACUGCUGAGAAUGUUGUUAUAUGUGGAAGCAUGACCUCUGCUUUGGAAUUAUUGGCUGCAUCUCCUUAUUGUCUUUCGAUCGAGAAGGUCUUUGUUAUAGGUGGAGGCCAGAUACUUAGGGAAUCCCUUAAUGCAGCUGGUUGUGAUGCUAUUCACAUAACUGAAAUAGAGACAAACAUUGAAUGCGACACUUUUAUGCCUGCCAUUGAUACCGCUGUAUUUCAGCCUUGGUACUCAUCAUUUCCUAUGGUGGAAAAUGACAUUCGGUAUUGCUUCACAACUUAUGUUCGUGUGAGAACCUCGACAAUUGAGCACCUCUGCCAGAACUGUGAUCUGGUCGUUGAUAACAAACCAGAUACUGGUAAGUUUGAGGUAAAGAAGUUCUCUUUCCUGCCCAAGAUGAUUUUCCGUAAACAUGAGGAGUACUUGUACCUGAAUAUGAUUCAAGACAUCAUCUCUGGGGGUAACCUUAAGGAUGACAGAACUGGGACUGGUACUUUAUCAAUGUUUGGUUGCCAGAUGCGUUUCAAUUUGCGAAAAACGUUUCCGCUUUUGACAACUAAGGCAUUAUUUUGGCGAGGUGUUGUCGAAGAGUUGCUUUGGUUCAUCAGUGGUUCAACUAAUGCCGAGGUCCUUCAAGAAAAGGGCAUUCACAUAUGGGAUGGUAAUGCAUCCAGGGACUUUCUUGAUAGCAUUGGGUUGACUAGUAGGGAGGAGGGUGACUUGGGACCCGUAUAUGGGUUCCAAUGGAGGCAUUUUGGUGCUAGGUAUACUGACAUGCAUGCUGACUACACUGGACAAGGAUUUGAUCAGUUGUUAGAUGUUAUCGACAAAAUUAAGAACAAUCCUAAUGAUAGAAGGAUUAUACUCUCCGCUUGGAAUCCAUCUGAUCUCAAACUUAUGGCACUUCCACCUUGCCACAUGUUUGCUCAAUUCUACGUUGCCAAUGAGGAGUUAUCUUGCCAAAUGUAUCAGCGUUCUGCUGAUAUGGGCUUGGGUGUGCCAUUUAACAUUGCAUCUUAUGCUCUCCUGACAUGCAUGAUUGCUCAUGUUUGUGAUCUCAUUCCUGGUGAUUUCAUCCAUGUGCUCGGUGAUACACAUGUUUAUAGCACUCAUGUUAGGCCAUUGCAGGAGCAGCUUCAGAAACUGCCGAAGCCUUUUCCAAUUUUGAAGAUCAAUCCUGAGAAAAAGAACAUAGAUUCCUUUGUGGCAUCUGAUUUCAAACUCAUAGGUUACGAUCCUCAUGAGAAAAUAGAGAUGAAAAUGGCUGUAUAGAGCUUUGUUUCAGGUUCAGCAAACUCAGAGGCUCCGGUCUGAUUCUAGGCAGCAUCCACUCAGUUUUGAGGGCCAUUUACCGGAGGCUUAUGCUGAUGCCGAGACAUACUGAUUACCGAGUUCAAAAAUAAAAGGUUUGUUUUUUAGUUGGAUACAGUUAGAAGGAUGAUAUCAUAUGUAGUAAGUGAGAAUCCUUUAGUUCCACAUUAUUAUUCUUCAAUGGUGGUUCUAAGGAGAUUUAGGAUUUUACUGUAAUUUUCUUGAGCAAUUUUACUUUCUGAAUUGCCAAACAUAUUCUUGAAAAGAAAACUGGUUAUUUGGAAGACCAAAAGUUCUUUCAGCUUUUAUUUGGAGGGGUUAUUAUUUAUUAAGGACUUAAAAAGAAAUGAUAUAGUAUUAAUUAUCAAA